AUUGACAUUGGCAAUGCGAAGGGUUUGAGAGGUGUCAAGGUGGUCUUAAACAAUUAAGGAAAAGAUAAACCUGACUAUCAUAGAAUAAGAUGAUAAAUGAACCUCUAUACUGUACUGUAUGACGCUUGUCAACGAGCACUUUCACAUUGUUUCUCGUGCUUCUCCAAUUUCACUCAUUUUAUAUAGGAGAAUGGCGUCUGUUUCCAAUGGUGUAAGGUGAUGCACAGUGAAAUGGUAGGCUAUACAAAAUUCCAAUAGAUUGUGGUCCAAUUAUGAAGCAAUGUGAAAUAUUCUAUUGUCGUUGCAGUGUCCGUUUAAGAGUCGCGGUGAUUCGUGAGCGUAUGAGUGCGCAUGUGUGUGAGUGAGUAAAAAGUUAUUGUAGCCUACGUUAUGACUUCUGUAGUUUAAAUACACGGGUAGAUUUGCUGAUGGGUGCUAAACAACCCAGUUCAACCAUCAGUUCUUUUAGUUGUCAUGUCCGUCUUCGUCCAGAGUGCAGAUUAAGCAAAACUAUAGCGGACAAUUUGGAUUCGUUUGGAGUUUGGUCACCUCACAAAUUGCUUGAAAUAGUGUAGCCUACAUGAUAUAAGGUGAAUAUUACAAUGUCCUCCAAGUAACUAUCUAAUGCAUUACCACAAAAUAAACUUUUAAUAAUUAUUGUUGAUCAGGCACUGAAAGUUAUAAACCAGUUGCUGCACCAUCUUAUUCCACACCCAUAACACUGUUUGAGGAAGGAUGUUUUCCAGAGGACCCUGCUGAGCACAGAUGAUGAUCAGGUAGAUUUUUUGGUAACAGCACUCUCUUUGGUCAUGCCCUCAGUGAUUCACAAUAGAAAAGCUUCAAGUGAACAUUCAGAAUGAUGCCUUGAAAAAAAAUCCUUACUUGAAAAUCUAGCUAUUAGGACCUAUAAGAGACUAGUUUGCACUUUAAGAUGCAACUUUAAUAGUGUGGCUAUAAAAUAUGCUCUUGUCAGUCUUGUCACAAUCCAUCUGACAGUGGUUUCCUUUCAUGCUUGUAGUGCAAGUGUGACUGAUAAUCAAUUGAUGUUUGAUGUAAAACCUCUACUCAAAUGGAUUUUCUUUAUAGUUCUCUAUACUAUAUUUUUGUAUCUUGAAUCAUGCCAACAAUUUUGUGGUGCUAUGAAAAGGAACACGCAUCAUGACAUAGAUCAUUCUGUUGUAAUUUAAGUGGGUGUUCCCAAUUCCUACAAUGUAAAAAAAUACAUAUGACUUGGAGGCUGAUGUUAAAGAAGGACCUCCCAUUCAGUAGUUUUUGUCACUGAUGUAUUUAAACAUGGCUGGUGAUAUUUUCAACUUCCAUAUCUUGGGAUUCUUUGUGAAACCACAGGCUGUUAUCAGAUCCAACUAUGAAGCAACUGUGCCGAGUCAUACAAAUGGAAAUACAAACAGGAUAGGAUUGCACUUUAUAUGCUCCUAUAAUAAGUUUAAUAUAUUUAGCACUGCAAGAACUUCAUGUUACCCUGAAAAUGGGUAUUAGAUUUGUGGUUUAUAGUUAAAAUAAAUGGUUUGGAAUUGAUAGGUUUUUUUGCCUAAAUAUAUUGGAAAUUAUGUAGGAAGUUAUUUAUCUAUUGGUUUAGUUUUGAUGAUGGCAAAUCCUUUACCAGUGAUAUCACAGAUUCCAUAAAGCAGAAGUUCUCCCAUAAAAUUUGAAUGGCAAUGGUUUUUUAUUAAUUAGCUGGAUAUUCAUAUUCUCCUGGUUGGAAUCCAGAGGAGAGAUGAACCAUAAGCAUGUAUAAGCAGCCAUGUAUUAGGCUCAUUCAACUCUUAAUUGGAUUAUCUGUCGGCAAGCAGAUAGUUUUUCCUACGUGAAUUCUGUUGAUGAAAUCUUAAUUCUUUGGAGAAAUAUAAAGGGGUACGGUUAACUAUAGAAGGUAAGGUACAAAAUUGCGUAUAUAUCCUGUAUUUUUGUCCAGUAUUUAGUUUUCAGAGGUAAUGGUCCAGUUGGCUUUUGUCUACUGAAAACGUACAUCUGAAGCAUAAGUGUUCACUUUGUGGUAUCAAAUUAAAAAACGAUUUAAAAUUGUUUUAUGAGGACGGUUAAAGAUGUAUGGCAUUAUGGGAUAAUAAAUUAAAGCACAACUUAACUUACUUUCCAACAAAAAAAUUUUCAACUGUAUUCUCCAAAACUCCAAGUUGCAUCCUUUAUGCUUGAUACAAAAUAUGGCAAUUACUUCUGCCCAUUAUAAAAAAUUGCCCUUUUGCAAUGUAUUGUUGAGUAAAACAAUUAUUCAAAUUUUGGCUUUAGAUGAAGACUUAAUGAGUGUUGAUGAUCACACUAGGCUUAUUUAUUGACCAUUGAUUAUGAUUUUGCUUGACCAUAUACAUAUAUAUUUAUAUGGUGUGUACAUAUAUAUUUAAAUGGUGUAUGGCUCAUAAUGACUAAAAUACUUUUCCAAGAAAGCACUUUUUAAAGCACUUUACUUUGCUGCUUUAAACUUACUGACAUGGUGGGACCACAAGACACAUUGGUUCAAAUUGACAAUCAUGCACAAUGUCACAUGACAUUUAUGCCAAAUGAUUUAAAUCCAGUCUAUAUUGUUUGUUUGGAAUCCAACAAGCUCUGUUUGAAUAUGGUGACGUAGAUAGUGGUUUUGAAAGUAAUAGCCCUUCCUCUUACAGAUGUUUUACUUGAACAACUCUGACCCCCUGAGGUCAAGGUCUUAGUGUUUAUAUGGGUGUUAUACCAUGGUUGCAUCUGCUUGGAUUGGUAAAAAGGUGCAACUAACAAUCCAUACAGCCGCUGCCGUUAACAUAUUGACGUAUUUUCAAAUCGUAAAAAUGGGCAAUUUAGCGUUAUCCGCUUUUGUGAUAUAUCUUAUGAUAGAAUAUGUUGUUUUCAGUUUACUUUUUUGCUCAUUAUCUGUAUAUCCAUCCAAGUAACUUUAGAUGAUAACAAUAGACAUUUUAAUUGCAAUAGUACGCUUUUUCUUUUUUCGCCCUAUCAAUCAUAGCCCCAAAUAAUGUUAUAACGAUCUGCAUUCAUUUUCCAGCACUAUGAUUUUGGGUACAGUGCAUUGGUUAAAUCUUUUAGAUGACCCAUGCAAUUGUAGUUAAAUCUUUAGACAUGAUUAAACAAGCACUUUAAUGAUGUGCACAAAAUAUUUGAUUGCCUUCAUUUCUCUAAUAUAUAAACUUGAGAUAUAAUUACAUAGAAUGACCAUUUAAUGACAUAUAAUGAAAAUAUUAAAUAAAGAUUUGUGUAAUGGUCUACUGUUUUAUGUAUUUGUAACAUACCUACAACAGCCCCCCCCCCACCCCAUGGAUACAAUUAGGACUGUUAUUUCUAAUUAUAGAGUUGCCUACCUUUUAAGCCUUAAACAUCUACACAAUUUGAUUGUACUGCUUUGUUAACAAGUAUGAUUUCUAUUCUCAAGAGAAGGCUAAUUUGGAAAAAGUUACCUAUUUAUUCCAAGGACAAAAUAAAUAAACAGUUUCCUAAAUAUUUGCAAUACACUUGUGUACAAGCAUGUUUUAGGAAGUCAUUAGAUAAAUGUAACGUUAGCAUUCAAAAAACACUGGUAAUAGUAAGCUUUUUGCAUUGAAUUCAGAUACGAAAAACGUUCAGGUUUUGAAAACAUGACAUCAUCUUCACAUACAUGAGUUACUCAUUUAUAUUUAUUUAUAAAUAAAUAUAAAUGAUGUGUGCGUAAAAACAUGUGUGCGUGUUGUUAAAAUAUGGGUACUAAAAACCCUAGGUUGGUUUGUUAAUUUUGUUUGUGUUAAACAUGGCAUUUUUUUGCAGUUGGAUUUGAGAAGUUUAAGUGUUUUGCUAAUGAUAUAAAAAUGUUAUGAUGAAGCAAAAAUGUUGUGUGUCUUUGGAUAAAUGUAGUGUACAUUAGCGUGUCCUAUUGUCCUUAUAGCAUAAGUAUCAAAACUAAAAAGCUAUCCUUGUGUAUUUUAGCUCUUUCUUUAACGUGUGUACCGUAUUAGUUAAUGUUCUAUAUGUAUGGUACUGUAUGAGUAUUCAUUAAUUGCCUUGUAAUGUUUGUAAAAGUUUGCAACAUUUAGAAAAUCUGAGAAAAAAACACUUUUUUAAAGGUUCUGCAUGCCAACAGUUGGGUCCUAACAGAAAAACUGUACAAAAAAAUGGUGCUAUAUCAUGAUAUAUAAAGGUGCUUAAAUGGACCCCAGCUGCAUGCAUGCUUACAGGAUAUUUAUAGAGUAGAAUAAACUGUUGACUUCUUGUCAUAUCAUUGAAUGGCUGCCACAGUGUUAUCCCAAAUGAAAACAAUGUAGAUUAACUGUAAAUACUAUCAAUGGACAUGACCUCAUCCAUCUAGACAGACUGUACCAACAUUGUACACCAGUAAAGUUUGCAGUUUUCACUGGCACAUGAAAUUUUUACAGAUUCAAAUAGUUUGUUAUGAGACAGUAAAGACACCCCUGCAGACUGGAAAUAUCCCUCACAAACCGAUUUGGAAGUAAUUAGUCCCAAGGAUAUUUUAGCUAAAGGAAUUAAAUAUCAGAUAUGUGAGGCCUAUUUACAGUUAUGUUGCCUCUGUGUAUGCUCCAAAAUAUCUGAAGACAAUCUAAUGAAAAUCAUUUUUUAUGCUAAUUAUUUUAAUCAUGUCUUUGAUAAGCUUUUACAUGUAGCAAAGUUCAGAGAUGGAAAUGUGAUGGCGUGUCUUGGAAAAGUUGAUGUUAUGCGUUCUUGGAAAAACAGUUGAUUGUCAUUUGAACAGUUGUAUUGCUUUGGCUGAUAGACAUGAAAAUCUGCGUGUUUACCAGCUAUAUUAAUCAAUUCUUUCAGAUUUUGUUGUCCAAUAAAAGUUUUACCAAAUAAAUUGGAAUUAGUUGUUUAUUUCGGUUUUCUUUAUGACAAAAAAUGUGAAGUUGCUUGCUGUAAAGCUUCACAGGACAUGACAACAUAUACAGAAAGAAGUGUGAGAAGUGAAGUCAAGUGACUUUUUCCUCAGUCAAAUGGAUAAAAUAAAUUGGUUUAGAUUAACACAAUUUAUAAGGUUCAGCCUCCUUUUUACAACAAAAAUAUAGCUAUAUAGAGCGCACUAAUUACUUUCAUGAACAACAUGUAAUUUUCUUUUAAGCAAACCCUUAAAGGCGUAUUCUACUGUGGUCAUUUUGGCGGUGUAUGAACUAAAAUGUGCAAGGUUUAGAGAUGUGAGCUGUUGCAGCGGUGGGAACUUCCUGAAAGUAUGCAACCGAAUAUAUUUGAGGUCAAGCCAUUUCCUCCUUUUUGCAAGUGUCCCUCAAACGGCAAAGAAUAAAUUGCAUGUCAACACAUCCAUUUGUCAGGAGUUUGUCUUUUUGCACAGCAAUUAUUGAGAUGCGUCCCAUACCCUGUAAACAUAGUGAGAUACUACCUGGAAUACAAAAUUCAGUGACUGACUCAAGGGAGAACAAAGAAGUUUGCGGGAACUAGAUUGCUUACAAGACAAAGACUAGCCUUUGUCUUGUAAGUAGGAAAUGGCAUGACCGGUUUUGAAUAUUUUUGAAUAUAAGGAUGUGACUCAGAAUGGCUACGACUGAACAGUGAAAUUGAUACAUUUCUGAACUAAGACAUCAUGGAAAAACCCACUUGUAAGAAAGAGAAACUUUCAUCAAGGGAAUCUUCAUGUGCAACACUGACUCCGACUCUUAAGAACUUCACAAUUCCCAGAAAAAAGAGAGGAGAUGGGAAAGCUCUUCUUGAAUCAUGCCCUGAAGAAAGUAGGGAUUACAGUUUAGUAAAAAAAAUUCUAAGUGAUUCCCGGAUAGACCCUUGCAAAGAGAUUUCAGCCAUUUUGAUGUGUGAAGAGGUCAAAUUAAUACACAAUGAGGAGCUACAACGAGAGUUCUCUGAGAAAAGGGCAGAAAUGCGUUCCAAGGAUAGACAUGUCAGAGAAAUGGAAGAAAGCUUCUGUUUUUUGGUCAUGUCUGAUCAGAAGGCUGAAAAGAUUUUUCAACAGGGACUAAGUGUUGGGGAUUCUGAUCAACACUGUCUGGGAAAUCCAUCACAUGGAGUGUAUUUGCACAAACGCGCUGAUGUGGCCCUGAAAAAUACCAGUGGCACAACACCCGCAGGAAAUGUUUUAAUCAUUUUCAAGGUUCUUUUAGGAAAGGUGAAAAAAGUGAUUCCAAAUUUGAGAAAGAGCAACACACAUGAUCCGGUUGUAAAUUACGAUUGUCAUGUGUCUAGAGACCCUGCUGGACCACAAGACAACCUCUCUCAACAAGUUUUUGGGUCAUCCGUGUUCCUGUUUGACUACAACGACAAACAGGAACUGACCCCUACACCAAGGCAAUGCUUGCCGUAUGCAGUAGUUUCAUUGGCUCCAGCUGUACAUUCAACACCAUCCACACUGAUGAGCAUUCCAAUUAGGCCAAGGGAAUUAGAAGCAAAUCUGAAGACUUGCACAGUGGCAGAGAGAUGGGGAAAGGGACAGAAUGCAACUGUAAAAUUCAAACAUUUUGGAGCUUCCAAAUGUCUUGGAUACAAAUCACAAGGGUUGGAAGGAUCUCCAUUUUACCAAAAUGCAGAACAACCAAUCUCUCAUGGUCUUUCAAAAGACCCAAAUACGUCACAACAAGAUGGCAAAGACCAGCUUUUACCAUCCUUUGGUUCAUGGGCUCCUCAGUCAUGCUUUAGUUCUCCAUUAGACCCAACACCACCAGACAUUGGUUCAAUCCCAUUUCUGAACAGUGGGCUAUUUCCUCAUUCUGACUAUGCUCAGUUCCUCUUGCAUCGUGGACUGACUCAGAUGGAACAAAAUAAUUUACAGUCAAGUCAUCAUGUUCUGUCUUUUCAACAAGCUCAAAGCUCACUGUCCAUCAACCAGGAUCAACAAUGGCAACUUUCCGAUAUACCCACAGCAGCUGUGUUGGAGAAAUGUACAUCUGUCGUUUAUUCUUCUCGUGUGAUCAAAGAUCCAAGAAUGUUAAGACGAUUGUCAAGCACUACGCAAACGUCCAGUUAUGUUGACUCAGGUGGUCAGCAAACUGAGACAGACACAUCUGAGAAAGAAUUAAUGGAAAAGGCAAAGCGUGAGAAACUCCAUGACUUACCAAACCAGAAUAACAAUAUGUUUGCAAAUGAAACUAGGAAUGUAAAACAAUACCACACUAAAGGUAGCUGUACUUCUGCUUCUAAGAUAAAUUAUACAGUUGCUUCCCCAUCUGUGACAAAAAACAUAAGUGAGAAUCAGCCAUCAUACAGAAUGCUGAAAAUGAAAUUUAAGAAAUAUUCAGCAUAUCUCCAUAUGUCAAAAAAUGAGAGGGCCACAAAAAUCUGGUCUUUAGAAAAUUUGUCAUUUGAUGAGAAAAAAAUUCUUUUUGAAAGAAUCAAUUUCUAUGAGAAGUUUUACCAAAAGUACAAAAAAGGAGACCUUGUUCAAAAUGACAAGAAAACCAAAGUAAACCAUGAGGCAUCAAGUAAACCAAGAAGUGAGCGUGGCUGCUUAACUUCCCUCACAGGGAAGAAGUCACACAAACAACAUACCAGUUAUCAGCAUAUUUCAAAAUGGUCCCCAAGAAUAUCAAUCCCAGAACCAUCAAAACAAGAGAUGACACUGCCACUUCAACAUUUGACACUGUCACAAGACACAAACAAGAAACAGGAAGAUAACCAAGUAAAAAAAGAGCAUUUUAGAGCUGGACCCAUCCCAGUCAAUCUCUUAGCACUAAAGGGGGAUCUCUCAUUAAUAGAUGUGCAUAGGUUAGAACUUGAAAGAACAGCCAAAAGUUUGGAUAUAAUAAAUCGAGACUCAUUGAACCAACCAUCACUGAUCUUGGAGCCUUCCUCACACUCAACAUCCUCUCAUUGCUCUAUCCAAAUCAAAAGGAAAGGGGAAGGCCAAGCUAAAAGUUGUGGGGAAAUUGAAUUCUGUGAGCAACCUGGAGAUGUUGAUAAAGACACGCUGCCUUUUAUUUUUCCACCGGCUAUAACUAUUCCCUAUGCCUCAGCUGGAUCUACACAUUUUGAUCCACAGACUCAGAUACAGUCGGAAGUUGUUACUCAAAUGGUAGACUCCAUGGGGGACAAACAGGACGAGAAUGUAAAAUCCUACAGUAGUAUGCACAACAGUGUCAUGAGACAUCAGCAUAAAACAGUUACGGAUGUACAAAACCAAGAGACGGUAUCUCCAAGCUCUAAGGGGAUUCUGCAGGAGAUGGAGGAGAGGUCUGAUCUUGAUCUGAUGAUGGUCCAAAUGCCUGAAUAUGCUCUUUAUUCAGGAGAGGACACAAGUACAUCUGAGUACAUUUUUGAGAGCCACACUGAUAUUAUUGGUGCUUGUGAGGAGGUCAAUGCAAUGGAGACAGACGUAGAUGCUGUAAGCACUGUCUGCCCCUUGAUUGUGUCAGACAGAGACCUUGAAAAAUCAAUACAAACUACCAAUAUUCAAAACACCAAAGGCAUACCAUUAUAUUCAGGAGUAACUGAGGAUCGGAAUAGCCAUCCUUUGGAAUGUGUCAAUGAUGCCAUAUACAGCUUUUUGCGUAGUAGAUUUGAACUUGGUCAACUUGUUCUCUCAUCUGCUCAAAACACCGAGUUUUUCAUCCCUAGAAAACAUUACUUGAAACCAAAAGACGUCAACAGUCCAUUGAACACCUGUACAUCCCCACCUCAACCUUGCAACAUAAACAAUUUCAUCAGAGAUGUGCACUGUAACCUAUGCAUUACAAUAAAAGCUGACAUGGAAUGCUCUCCUGGCACUGAAUCAUGCACUCUAAUCCAGAAAACAUUCAAAGGAGGUGUUUUGAAGGCAACCACCACCUACAAGGAUAGGCUGAAAUCCCACAAUGUCAAAUUAAUAAAAAUAAUGGCAGAAAAAUACAAUGUAAAGGAAAAUGAGUCUUUUGGAAAAAUGAGGGAUCAUGUUCAAGUGAUGAAAAGUUCCAAAGGUUUCCCCUCUAGAUUUCCACAAACAGAUUUAUCAAUAGAGUCGCAAACAUCUUUAAGUAUAUCGCCAAAGAAAAGGAAAUGGUCAAAUGUGAUUAAGAAGAGGAACUCAAAGCUAGACACGUUUCCUUUUGAGUUACGAAGGAGUAUCAGGAAUAGAAGUAAAGGGAACAAGAAUUCUCAAUCUACAGCUCAUAAAUCAGAAAUAAACACUUCAAAGACAGCAAAGCCAGUUACCAUGCAAGAAAAAAAAAGGGUUAUUAUCAAGAUAAUUAAGGAUUUUAGGAGGACCAGUAGUUGGUGGACAUUUAGUCACAGGUUGAACUCAAACCGAAUGCAUCGCAACAAAUUUUCCUAUGGUCCUGUCAGAUCAGACAGGAAGCGAGAAAUUACAUCUGUAAAUAAGAAACUUCCAAGCACUGACUGUUCUGCAAGAGACACAUCAAACAGAGAGUUGAAAACACUACAUUUCCCUCAACAUACGUUGUCUACACUGGAAUACGUUGAUGUUGCACAUUCAAGUCAUGAAAAAUUGUUUACUUAUGGGAACGUAUUGGAGAAUGACAAGCCACUCGAAAAUGCAUUACAAGAAGGUACUCCUGAGGAAGAGACCAAUGGAAAUCUUACUACAAUGACACAAGCUGAGGAGAUCCCCUCAGUAUCUGAUAUCAUGGAGUACCCAUUAGAUGCUGCCAUUGAGAUUCUUUGUGGCAGUGAGGUAAAAAGUGCUACAAACUUCUGCACACCCAAACCAUGUGAGGUAAUGACCCAGGGUCUACCACAAACACAGAGAUAUGAUAGAACUGAGGAAGAUGUUACAUCUAAUCACUCCACCACACCCUCCAAGGAGGUCAAAUUAAUCUCUCAACUAAGAGAUUUCUUGACCAGAUUUGAGUUAACAGUUCAGAAAGAAGAAACAAAGUCACACUCUGAUAAUGAGGAAGAGAAUGUGUUGCAUAUCUGUGGGACUUCGCAAAAAAGUGACUCUGAUGCUCAGAAGCAACCAGUUCAGUUAGUUGUUCUUGACAGGGUGGAACUGCCUAAUCUUAGACAAUUUACAUGUGAGCCUCUGCUGAAUUCCACCGUCAAAUCACAAGCAGUAAAUGCUACCGAGAUUCAAAGUAUUGCAACAGAAUGCAAUCAAUUCAAGAUCUCAAGUCAGAGUAUCAAACCACACAUUAGCCAGUUUGAUGUCACAAACCCAGAACAAGGGUUGAAAGCAAAAGAUUACAAAAAUGUGGAAUGCAUUUCAUGCAUCAGUCCUGAUAGUACUUCCAUGUUGGAAGUCGCUAAAGGGUCUACUCAGGUUCUGGUGAGCAACAGUAAUCUAGAGACAAACUCAGAAAUCACCACAAGUGUACCUGCCACAGAACAGCAAUGUAACAGCAAUAGCAACACGAACAAGUUGAAACCUCAAUUUGAUUCAGAAGUUGAAAAACCGAAAGAAAAUGAUAACAUGAAAAGACAAAAUGUAAGGCUUAAAACUUUAUUCCGGAGAGACUUUAGUGUGGCAGAUAUUUCUUACAUGCUACAAGACAGCGACAAAGCAACUUCCUCGAUUCAACUUAUUCCAAUGAGAUCACACUGCAAAGUCAUGCUCCAGUACUUCAUUUUGAAUUUUGAGAAAAUGCAGAAUGUCGAAGCCAAACAAAUUGUUGUCACCAGAGACUUAGUUCUAGAGAAAUACAUUAACUGUCCUCCACAACCAGUGGAACUGAAGUAUGAAGCAUUGAAUUCUUUCUUGGAACUGCAGAUGAUGUUGGAGGCGUGGCAAUUUGUUGACAACAAGAUGAGAUAUUUUAGUGGAGAAAUUACAUUUAGGAGUCUUCUGUGGUAUGAUCCCACUCUGUAUGGUGAACUGUUCAAAGGAAAGGUGGGGUUCCAGCAGCAGUCCUGUUUAUAUUCAUCUUUCCAGCAAAGCCUUGCCACUAAUGGCCUAAGUGCAUUGCAAAACUACCAUAUGGCUGUCUCUAAAUUGAAUGUGCAGCUCCAAAGAGCCCCAAACAUGUCUUACUACAUGUAUCUCAAAAGCAAAAGAGAAAGGCUUGAGGUGGAAGCUGUAUUACGAAAUCCCACUCACUUAGAGAGUUUCUACCUUUCUGUGCCAGUGUCUUGCAUGAUAAACUUCGGUGACAAUGUGGAAAGUUUAGAGAGGGCCAAGAAUGUUGUGAAUAUCUUUACAGACAUUCCAGGUGACCAGUUGGAAGGGGGAUUUGAUGUGGGAAAGGCAGAGCAUCUUGCCAUUAUGUGCCGAUUACUUCAAGAGAAAAUCUACUAUUUAAAAGCCGUUAAGAACACCAUGCUUAGCAAGAUUUCGUGGAUUGGCAUGGAACACAUUCUGUAUGAUGCUUCAAAGACAAUGGUGGGAAGAGAUGGAAAACCAUGUGCAUCACAUGAACUUCUGAGGAAAUACAGAAAAACAAAUCCACACAUUGUAAUUGGAGUAACAGAAUAUGGCGAAUCAUUGUUCAAUACAAGGAGGGCAAAUAGCACUCAUCAAGUGACAAAGCGAGUUCAUCCAAGACAACAAACAAGAAACUUGCAAGAUCAGGUGGGGUCUACCGAGGACAAUCACUGUGCUCAGAAAGCACCUGAGGAUAUACCCACUGCAAUAGCCUUAACAUGUGAACCAAGCCCAAAGCCUCCUGAUGUUCGCUCCAACAAGACUAAGCGAAUAGUGAACCGCCAAGUUAUCAUCCCUUCAACGCAUCUCCAGCCUGGAAAACAUCAGGCAAAGCUUAAUAAAACGCAGGUUGUCCAUCGAGGUGAGGGUUCAUAUGAUAUUCAAGGUUUACAGACAAAUAUCACUGCACCAUUCUCACCCCAAAUUGUGCCCCCAUACCCAGAAAUCAGGGCAUGUCUUCUGAACAAAGGCGUAAAAGAAGUUGAUACACUGAUGCAAUUACCUGCUGCUUUGAGAGGGACAGAAACACAUCCACAUAGACAGUGUCUCUCAAGAUGGCCACCCCAUAACAGAACAGGACAUGAUCCAAGGCAGAUGCAACCAUCCUUGUCUCGUGCAGUUAGGGACAGUCAGCCCAGGGAGACUAUCUUCUCAAAAGAUCUAAAGGAGCAAACUGGCCUUCCUCGAUGGUCUAAUCUGCCUUCUCCCCAGCAGCUGCCCUUAUCAAUGCCACCAUCGAGAAGUGCAACACAAAUGCAGCUUCCAAAUCAUAUCAGCUCAGUGUGUGAGCCCUCUCCAAUAAAUUACCCAUUCUUCCUUCUGAAUGGACAAACUUAUGCUACUGUCAAUCCUAUCACAACAUCACCAGCACAUGAUAAUGGGGCCACAUUUCUUCAUCAUCAUAUGUAGCCAAUGUUAUUUUGUCUGCUUGAAAUGAGAUAUGUUAUACAUAUAUGUAUAAUGAUUUAUGUAUUUGUAUAUUAAAAAAGAAAAGGACAAUAAGACAUGAAUGUGUUACUUUCACAGUGUAUAACACCAACAAACAAACAAACAAACUGUAUGGUCUGGUUUUAGUAUAGUGUUGCUCUAUCGUAUGCGUAGCCAUUUUAUGUGUGUUUUUUUAAAUUAAUGUUCAACUUUUGUACAUAGAUACAUUUGUUAUUGCAGUACAAAAAUCAGUUUUUGAAAGAAAAAUUACAUUCAGUUUGUGAGCUUUUUUAUGAAGUGUUUUUACUGCUCGUCUUACUAACUUAUUGCCGUUCUCUCUGUGGGCUCUUCCAGUGAUUGUAUUCAAUGGUAAUUGUAUUUAGCUGUCAUAUAUCUAUGGUAUUUUCAUAUUUUGUAAUACUCUGUAAUCAUAUCUACUGAUAGCCCAUGCAAUCUUUGUAAUAAAAGACAAUGGGUCAUGAA